GUCUAGGCUUAUGAUUGCCAUGGCUGCGGUGGAUCGUUUCUCCCUCUUGUACAGGGAGAUCGGCCGUACCUGCAAUUUUUACAUCGAGGCCCUAGCGAUCAUUGGAGCUUGGUACACGGCUAGGAAGUUCAUCAGUUUUGCUUUGAACAGCUACAGUCUCCUCCGGCUCCAUUUCCUUCCAAAGGUGGUUGGCGAGAUUGAUCUUGUCAAGCGCUAUGGAAAGUGGGCUGUAGUAACUGGUAGCACAGAUGGCAUUGGGAAAGCAUAUGCUGAAGAGCUGGCCAGGCGAGGUGUCAACAUCAUCUUAAUCAGCCGCAGCAAGGAGAAGCUGGAGGCUGUAUCUCGAAGCAUAGCUGAAACCUACAAAGUGGAAACAGAUUUCAUAGUAGCUGACUUCAGCAAGGGGCGUGAGGUUUACCUCCCCAUUAAGGAGGGCCUGAAGGACAGAGAAAUUGGAAUUUUGGUGAAUAAUGUAGGAUUGUUUUAUACCUAUCCGGACUACUUUACCAACAUGACAGAGGAUUUGAUGUGGGACAUGAUGAAUAUUAAUAUUGCUUCUGCUAACAUGAUGGUCCAUAUUGUGCUGCCAGGCAUGUUAGAGAAGAAAAAGGGGGCAAUUGUGAAUGUGUCUUCUGCAUCCUGUUGCCAACCAACACCAAUGCUGACAGUGUAUGGAGCCUCUAAAGCCUACUUGGACUAUUUCAGUAGAGCACUACAUUACGAGUAUUCCUCAAAAGGGAUCUUCAUCCAGAGUUUAACUCCAUUCGUAGUUGCUACAAAAAUGGUACCGCGCGGUAGUGUUGGAUCAAAAAGAUCUUUCUUUUUUCCUUCUGCUGAAGAAUAUGCGAGUCAAGCAGUUUCUACUCUUGGCCUGUCCAAAAGGACUACUGGUUACUGGAAGCAUGCAAUGCAGGUCACACUGGGUGAACACCUACCCGAGUGGAUCUGGGCAUGGGGCGCGAAGUUUUUGGCCAGAAUUGUACGCAAAGAAGCUUUAACAAGCAAACUGAAGUAG